CAGUGAUUGGAUGCUGAUCAUGAAAGCGAAGAGUGGCAAAUAGCGUAGUUGUCGAGCGUGAUCAUCUUUCUCUCGAUUAUUUCAUGUUCUUUGACCAUCGGAGUCACGUACGCGGACAGUAUACAUUCUCCUGUCUGCAUCAGAGAGGGAGAAGAAGCCGACCGGUUCGUGUUCCCGUGGGGUUUCAGGUGGCACGCCCUAUUUGUUGUGUGUGGUGUCGACGGUCGUGUCUUUUGUCGUGGACGCAGGCACGUUUUGCAGUCGUGUUUGAACGUGUCAAGCCCGGUCACCUUAUCUUCCGCGUCCUUACUUCCAUUUCUUUAUAUGCUCUCUCCUCUUCUCUCUGUCGCUUCUCUUUUCAUCUCUUGGGGACACCAACCACCAAAGAUUUAGCACAAGGAAACGCCCAGCUGAGUUGGGAUCUUGGAGUAGCUUGCUUUCUGUCUGGCUCCCUCGCCGCCGAUCCGGCGAUUGAUGACAACAGCGUCGCCGGGGCUCAACAGAAGGCUCUAGAGAGGAGGAGGAGGAGGAAAGAACAGGAAGGAGCGGAUGUCUUCCCUCUUGCUGUCCAACGUGCUGCGGUACCACCGCGGCGAGCAGCAGGAGAAGGUGGAGGAGGAAGGAAAGGCGGUGGGGAAGAGUAAUGGGUUCCGUUUGGGUAGCAGAGAAGAGGCGGAGGCGUCGUCGGACAGCUCCUCCAUCGGCGCCGCCUCAACUUUGUCGUCGGACAGGAACGGCUCAGACCAUGGCGGCGAGGAGGAGGAGGAAGAGGAAGAGGUGGAGAGCAAGAGAAAAGAUGGGGCUUUGGGGUCCUUGGAUUCCUUGGAAGACUCACUUCCCAUAAAGCGAGGGCUAUCCAACUUCUUCUCGGGGAAGUCCAAAUCCUUCGCGAGCUUGUCAGAUGUGGUCAACGCGAGCACCAACGACAUCGUGAAGCCCGAAAACCCCUUCAACAAGCGCAGGAGGGUCCUGAUGAUGAGCAAGAUGAGGCGAGCCUCCUGCAGCUCCCUCGUCUGCCCACCAUUGCCACCACUCUCGGCCCCAGCUCACACUGUGGCGGAAGCAGAGGAGGACGAAGAGGAGGAAGAAGACGAAGAAAAGGAGAAACAUGGUGGAAGAUCACCUCCCUCCAUGGGUCCCUUUCCCCGCCAUGGCAACAGCAGCAGCAUGAGGAGGAACAAGGCUUUCAGGUCUCCAAGAUCCUUCUCCCUCUCUGAUCUCCAACAUGUCUAACUGUAUGUAGUAAAUCAAACUCGAAGAAAUGGUACAUGUUAUUAAUGGAGAUUAAUAUAUUAAAUAGCUUUACAUGA